CUUAGUUCCCAUAAGCUGCUCUCUCUCUCUCUUUCUGUGAGUUGGAAUCUCUGAGGAACCAAGAGGGAGAAGCCAAAUAGCCAAUGGGUCGUCCCCAAGGAGAAGGUCCACAACCGGAGGAGAUACCUCUCGACAAUACAUACCAGCCGGAACCAUCUUACCCACUGCCGGAAAAUGACUCAACAAUGCAACCACCACCUGCUCCUCAGCCGGCACAAUACCCUCCACAAAACCCUCAGUAUCAACCAGCACAGUACCAGCCUCAGCCUCAGCCUGCAACCUACCCAUCACAGAAGCCGACGUAUCCCCCUGCUCAGCCAGCUUCCUACCCACCACAAAAUCCCACGUAUCAGCCUCAGCCUCAGACAGCAACCUACCCACCACAGAACCCGGCGUAUCCUCCUGCUCAGCCGGCCUCCUACCCACCACAAAACCCCACAUACCCGCCUCAGGCAUCUCCAGCAAACUACGUUCCCCAAGCCAGUCCCCAACAAUUCCCUCCUCAGCCUCAGACGGUGCAGUUCCCUCCGCCAAUUCCGCAACCUCAAUACCCACCACAGCCACAGUCCCCCUACAAGACUCCACCAGGACCACCACAACCUGGUAUUCCGGUAGUGCAAUACCCAAUGGUCCCCACUGAAGGCUGGAAGACCGGGCUAUUCGACUGCAUGGACGAUCCCACCAACACUCUCAUCACAUUUUUCUUCCCUUGCUUGACGUUCGGGCAGGUUGCAGAAAUAGUUGACAAUGGCCAAACUUCUUGUGGGACCAGCGGGCUUCUUUAUGGUUUGGUUUUAGGUUUUAUCGGGUUGCCGUGCAUCUAUUCAUGCACCUACCGUACGAAGCUGAGGAGCAAAUUUGGGCUCGUGGAGUCACCCGCCCCGGAUUGGGUUACCCAUUUCCUUUGUGAAUAUUGUGCCCUCUGCCAGGAAUACAGGGAACUCCAGCUUAGAGGCUUGGACCCUUCAAUAGGAUGGCUGGCAAACGUAGCAAGGCAGCAGCAGCAAGCACAAGUUCAAAUGGUGCCUCCCCCAACCCAAACUAUGAUGGGAUGACGAGAAGCUGAUUUAGUUGGACGGUUCUGAUUUGUGGUGUUGUGUUGUGUUUUUUUUUUUUCUUUCUUUUUUGUUUUCAUUUUCAUAUUUCAUUUGCUAUCUAUAUCCAUUAUUUUGUCAAUA